AAGUUGGCAACGUUCACGUCAACGUCUACUGGCCUUGGAGACAUUAUGGAAGCAGACGAAGAAACGGUCUAUACAUAUUACACGAUCGUUAAUAAUACGGUGGAAGUGCAAGAAACGCCUCAAGAUGAAAAUAUCGUCUAUUUCACGAUUGAUAACAAUGAAAUUGCUGAAACCGAAGGGGAAGCUUCAACAAGCAAUGUUUUUGAUGAAACGGGAGGGAUUGAUGAAUUACCCGGUUAUAAAGUGAUUUCUUUAGAAGAUGGGGGGUUAUAUUUUACAGAAACAGAGGAAAAUUUAGAAGUGAAUCAAGAAAUUCUUGAAGAAGGUGCUAAUACUGUGACCAUUCCUGAAGUAAACACCGAGGAAAAUUCUGAGGAAGUAUUAAAUGAUGGUGAAUAUCAAGAAAUUAGAUUUGAAGAUGGCAUAAGAGCUAUAAUUGAUAAAAAGUUAUGGAUGAGUUUAAUGGAAAAUAACGGUGUUAAAGAAGUUCAAGAGGAAGAAGAAUCUGAGAAAAAGACAAAGAAAUAUCCUUGUGUGUAUAAUGGGUGUAACAAGGUUUAUAGCAGCUUGCAACAUUUAAUGGUGCACUUUAGAAAUCAUACAGGAGAUCGUCCAUAUGUGUGUUUAGUGGAAGGAUGUGAUAAAUCAUUUGCAACGGGUUACUCAUUAAAAGCUCAUUUAAGAACACACACGGGAGAAACACCUUAUUCUUGUCAAACAUGUACAAAACAAUUUAAAACAUCAGGCGAUUUACAAAAACAUAUAAGAACUCACACUGGUGAAAAACCUUUUAAGUGUCCAAUUGAAGGUUGCAAUCGAUCAUUUACCACUUCAAACAUUCGUAAGGUCCAUAUUCGUUCACAUACAGGCGAGAGACCAUACGUUUGCCAAAAAGAAAAGUGUGGAAAAGCUUUUGCUUCAGCAACUAAUUAUAAAAAUCAUAUGAGGAUACAUUCAGGUGAAAAACCAUAUGUUUGUCCUGUUGCUGAUUGCAACAAACGUUUUACAGAGUACUCCUCGCUUUAUAAACACAAUAUGGUUCAUAAACCUUUUAAGCCGUUUAAAUGUGAGUAUUGUGGGCAAAGAUGCAAACAGGAAUCGACGCUAAAAGCGCACAAAAGGGCCGCACAUGGUUUGCUUAUAACGCCAGAUGGAACCGAGAUUGAAAUUAUACUUAAUGAUAAUUAUUAAAAUAAUUAUUAAAUAAUUAUAAAAAUUA